CCGCCGGCCAGUUUGAGCAACCGCGAAACCUCUCUAAGUAAAACUUCGAUUGAAAUUUCAUGUCCAUCUCGCCCUCGCAGAAUCAAUCAGGUUCAGCAUCGUCAUCUUCUUCGCCUCGGGGCUGCUCUACAAACCCUAAUUCCAAUCAUGGAUUCCCUUCUUUCCCAAAUCAACACCAGCAAGAAGAACCCUCCUUGUCCAUCUCCGGUAUGGGCUCCCUACGAAUCGCUGAUUCCGAUUCUGCCUCAUCUUCGUCCUACAGUUUCUCAGAAACAAGUUCAAUGGGACCUGCUGCACUUGAUUCCUGUGGAUCUCCAGAAAAGGUGAAUAUGCCAGUAGGUCAAAAUGGAAUUAAAACUUUGACAUACCAAAGCACUGGUCAGAUCUCAGUGGAUGACCGACUGAAAUCUCCCGGACCAGGUCUACCUGCCACCAGUCACAACAAUUCUGGAUCCACUAGAUCUCAAGGGAGCAUGCCACGUCCCUCUGGGAGAAGAACUCAGAUGGUUAGUGGGAACCACUUGCUGAAUUUUCACUAUGAUCCCAUUUCUCGUCCAAAGUCCAGGGCUCCUCCUCCAAGAAGGCAGCCAAAGAGAAAGCCAUACAACAAAGACUUGUUUCUUCAAGCAAAUUACAAAUUUGUUGUGUUCAGUUCUGGGAAUUACAUGCCCGAGUCUAUGGAUCCUGAUAAAAUGUUAGAGUGGGAGGAUAUAAUUUGUGUAAAGUUUUCCACCCCGUUUCCCGUGCAGUGUCCAAUCUGCUUGGAGGAUCCCCUAUGCCCACAAAUAACUUCAUGUGGUCAUAUCUUUUGCUUCCCAUGCAUUAUGCAGUAUUUUUCAGUGGGUGAAGAUGAUUUCAGAGGUGAAUGUUGGAAGAAGUGUCCCCUAUGUUUUAUGAUGAUAUCAUCUAAGGAUUUGUGCACAAUUCAGAUCGAGAAUGUUAAACAGUUUUGUGUUGGUGAUGAUAUAGAAUUUUUGCUUUUAACUCGCCAAAAGGAUUCCUUUUCCUUGUCUUUAAAGAAUAAUGAUGGCGUUGGUGCCUGUGAAGAAGUUCAGAACUCCUUUUCAAAAUUCACUUUUACCUCAGAUGUGGACCUCUCUGUCCGAGAGGCAAUGUCAGAUCUAGAUAGUUGGUUAGCAAGGGCAGAUUCUGGUUUAGUCGACGACCUAGAGAAACUUCCAUAUGUCUGCGCUGCAAUGGAACAAUUGAAGCAAAGAAAGAAGUAUUGGAGUGAGCAUAAAGUUUCUAAUGGAAAUAAGGCUCAUAAGGAUAGUUCUUGUGAUAAAAACGCUUAUGGUUCUCCCUCAGCUGUGAGUAAUUCAAAGAUGCAAGGGAAAUCAAUUCCAGAAAAUAAGCUUCAACCAACUCCAACAGCUGAUGUUCAGUCACUGGAAGACCACCAUGGUUCUUCGCCUUCAAAUGAUAAUGACAUGAGCACACAAGAAAUUUUUGGUGGUUUUAGUGACACACAGAAUAGAAGUUCAUAUAUUUUCUACCAGGCAGUUGAUGGUCAACACCUUAUCAUUCACCCACUAAACAUGAAGUGCCUUCUGCAUUACUAUGGGAGCUACGAUCGACUUCCAAGCAGAAUCAGUGGAAAAAUUCUGCAAUUGGAAACUGUGUCACAAUCAGAGGCCAUUAGGAGGCGCUACCGUUAUUUAAGCCAUUUCUCUUUGACAACAUUAUUUCAGCUUUGUGAAAUUGAUCUGCUCAAGAUGUUGCCUGCUGAUGCCCUCUCUCCAUUUUUGACUGAAAUUAAGAAUAGGGAAAAGCAAAGGAAGCGGGUUGCUAGGAUGGAGCAUCAGGAGAAAAUGAAGGCAGAGACUACUGGGUUCCAGUAUGCUCCUUUAUCCUAUAACCUGGCAGAUACUUCUUAUGUUGACCAGCCUGCAUUCUCCAAUGAUGACUUUGAAGCAUUAGGAAACUCAGCUGUAAUAUCAUCAAGCCCCCCAGCAGUUGCAGGUAAGCUGCUCUUCUCCAAUGUUGCAAGGCUCGGUUUUGCUGCUGGACAUGAUUCUCCGUCAUUGAAGUUGGAGGAUGCUCUUCCCAAGAUUGGGGCAUCACAAAAUACUUCUGGUGAAACUGGGCCAAAGCAUGCUGGUACAUUGUCAUUUGCUAAUGUGACAUCUAGAGCUAAAACAGUUGAGGACCCCAAUGUCUCCAAGGCAAGUGAAGUGGGGAAGAAGGGGAAGAAGCCAAACCGUGUGCUCCUUUCAACAUCCAGUUCCCGACGAUAUUGAGACUUGAGAGAGGGGGGGAGUGUGCUACUUCUCCAGAAUGAGACUCCUGUAUAUUUUGAACUUUAUUUGUGUUGCAACUGCAUUAGUUGGGUUGUUGUCUACGGAUUACAUUGAGAAAACCGAUUGCAGGAUAGUCGUACGUUUAUUUUAAUUGUUUUUUUUUUCUUUAGGGAAUAAUGUUGCUGCUGUUAUUAGUAUUACUUCUGGUACUACGACUAUAGAAGAGUAAAUGGUGUUUAGUUUGUCAUUUAUGCAAUUUGCCAAUUGCCAGAUAGGUUAGAUGUAUGGAAUAUGGAAUACUUGCAGUAUGGAUUUUGAAUAAUUUAGCAGUAUGUUGGGAUUUAA